CGAUAAUCUGGCAACGGUGGAGUAUCAACAAACCUUCAACAUGGCUGGUCCUCCUGCGCCAACCUUAGAGGUGCUAAUACAGAAAUGCACAAGUCCAUUGAAUGCAGAAGAUGAUCCAAAUGCCAUUCAAGCAGUGUGCCAGGCAGUCCUCUCAGAGCCAUCAGGUGUCUCCACAGCUGUCAGACUCUUGGCCCACAAGAUACAGUCUCCCCAGGAACGUGAGGCCCUGCAGGCACUCUCAGUUCUUCAAGCAUGUGCAAACAACUGUGGCUCAAGUUUCCAUAAUGAGAUUGGCAAGUUCAAGUUUCUAAAUGAAAUGAUCAAGUUAGUGUCCCCUAAAUACCUGGGGAACCACACUCACCCAGCUGUAAAGGAGCGGGUGGUGGAACUGCUCUACAGCUGGACCCUCGAUCUGAAAGGGGAGAGCAAGAUACUGGAGGCAUACAACAUGCUUAAGAAACAGGGUGUUGUCAAGGCAGACCCACGGUACCUCGGAGCUCCCACUCUCCCCGAGCCACGACCAAGGCCAAAUGCUGUCUUUGAGGACGAGGAGAAGUCCCGCCUGCUGCAAAAACUCCUCCAGAGCAAAAACCCAGAAGAUCUACAUAAAGCUAAUGCAUUAAUAAAGUCUAUGGUGAAAGAGGAUGAACGGCGGAUGGAGCGCUCCAGCCGGCGCAUCGUAGAGGUAGAGACGGCCCUCAACAAUGUACGUGUCUUGGACGAAAUGCUGUCCCGCCACCAAGAGAGCCCGGCAUCUCAGGCUGAUCUAGACCUCAUGCAGGAACUCAAUUCAUCCUGUGCCUCCCUUCGCACUAACCUGUACCGGCUAGUUUCAGAAAUGGACGACAAGGAUGAAGGCAUUGGUGACUUGCUAAAGGCUAACGAUGAGCUGUCACGAGUGAUGGGGCGCUACAAACUGGUGGUGGAAGGCACUCGGAUGGAGACCUCAGACAGUGGCUCUGGCAGCACAGCCUUGUCCUCUAGUAAUAGGAAAGACUCAUCUCAUGAUGACGGAGAGAUUCUUCUUGAUCUCUCCACUCCAGAAGAAGCACCAGCCACGCAGACCUCUGCCAGUAUGAUCAACAAAAAUUUGGAGGAAAUAGGACUUGAAAACUUGAACUUGAGUUCAGGAAAGGUAGAAUCUGAUAAGAGCAGCAGCUCUCUUUUAGAAGAUCUGGGAAGUAUCUUUCCAAGCUCUUCCAGCCCUGCUCUGGCCCUCAGCACUCCAGUGCCAAACCUGAUGUCCCCAACCCUGAUCCCUCAAGCCUCCACCAAGGUGCCAGACAAUGAGCAGGAGAGUGAGAACAAGGGGCCAGUGGACCCACUGGGAGAGCUGGGAGAGUUUGGUUCAUCCCUUAUCAGGCAGAGUCUUCCUCCCAAUACUCCUGUCCAAAUUAAUUUUAAGACAGCUGAAAAACUCAGCAUGAAUCAAAUGAAGCAACAACAACUGCAACAACAACAACUCGGUACAACACCAACCAUUGCACCAACAAAUAACUGCAGUGUAAUGAAUCUCAGUAAAAAUGCCGUUCCCAGCCCGACUCCCCCCUCAGUGGCUGCCGUGGGCGUGAGUGCUGCUGGUGUUUCAGGCAGCAGUACAGAGCGAGGGAACGGCAUAGACUCUUUACUUAAUCUCGACUUACUCAGUGGGGGAGAUCUGAGUAGUGACAUCCACCUGACUACCACUACAACCAGUACUGCUGCCACUAUCACUACAGUAGACGCGCUAGGCUCCCUGCUGGACGACCGGCCUCUUGUGAACGACUCUAAGAACUUAAUAGGAUCAGUGUCGCCCAGUGUUGGUUCAGAAGCCAAAACCAGUGUAAAGAAUACUAAAGAGCCAAAGCCAAGAGUGAAAGAAGACAAGGAAAAUAGAAUUACGACUGCAAAGCCUCAGUUCAUGGAGGUGAAGCCAAUGACUGACAUCAAGGUUACUUUGGACAACAUUAAGCCUGGCAAACAAGCCCCUGUAACAGUAUUGGACAGCAACGACAUAUCCGUGACCCUGCACUUUACGGAGAACCAGCCGCGGGAGGACGUAGCUGUGGUUGUGGUGUCGGUGGUCUCCCGCAAUUACCAGCCUGUAACCAACUAUGUGCUGCAGGCUGUGGCUCCGAAGGGUUGUAAGGUUCGCCUACAAGCUCCGUCAGCUGCCAGUUUAUCGCCAUACAGCCCAUUCCUGCCCCCGCCUGCCAUAACACAAAUCAUGCUCAUUGCCAACCCGAACAAAUUGAAUGUCUCCCUGAAGGUGAUGCUGAGCUACACCCUCGAGGACGACCCAGUCACUGAGAUGGCGGAGGUAGAGAGUCUGCCCCUUUGAGUGCUGCUGGGUUGUUCGGUACCCACGCUCUGCUCUAUAGUCAAAUCAUUUCAAAUAGUCCAUUUGGGCAUUCAGUUCCGGGGUUCCUUUCCUCACCUCUCCUGUGCCACAGUUCCCUCUCAUAUGUUCCCUCUCGGUAAUAUAUGAGAGGAAGGGAUAGGUGUUGGAACUGUGUGGCAGAGCAGAGGGGAGGAAAGGUCCUGCAGAAUCGAACGCCCAAACGGACCAUUUGAAAAGGUUCGACUCUAGGCUUGUUUUACCCCUCCCACACGCCUCACAGGUUAUAGUGAUCGUCAGAUGAAGCUUCCCUGAGUCCUCCAAAAUGCUAAAUUAACUUUUUAUUCUCAUAUAACAGUAUAAUAUGCAUAUUUAAGUCAUCAUCACCAUCAUCAUCAUUAUUCAUCAUUAUCAUCACAAUUCCAUGCCAUUCAUUACACUGACCCUAAAAGAAUGUUCAGACCAGUUAUUUUUAUCCUUUUAUUUAUUUUUUUAUUGUGUUUUUUUUCCCAGAAGAGAAGAUAACCAAUUGUUAAGGGCAGCACUGCUCUGUACACAAUGCUGCUGGAGUUGCAAUCUUCAUUGUUUCUAAACCCCCAUCUCCCAAAAUAUUUAGACAGACCAGGCUCAAAACAAGGGUGGAAUCUAGUUCUGAGGUUUUGCCUAAACAUUUUGGGGGGAAAAUUUGCAGGGUUACAACAGAACCCCUUGCUCCAUCCCUCCACCCCUGUAAGUUAAGAGAAUAAGCUGGUUUGUACAAAAUAGAUGAUGGUCAGCGUGGCCAUUACUGAUGUCUAUAACAGUGCAGUGGUUACUUUAAUGAUUGGAAGAUUUAUUACACAUGAAGACCAAAAAGAGACCAUUACUGGAGGUGGGAGUGUUCAUGCAGCGUGGAUAGACUCACACCCUCACACAAGUGGCUGUCUUCUGUUUCCUCCAUGAAAGGCUUGUGAAGGACUCGGUUAAGAAAUCCCUCCUCAAAAAUGAACAUUUUCAUGAAAGUCAACUGUUAAUGCAGUAGUGCAAUUUUGAAGUUUUUUUAAUCAUCAUUUUUAUUAUUGUUGUUAUUAUUAUUACUAUUAUUAUUAUUAUUAUUAUUAUUAUUAUUAUUAUUAUUAUUACUUAAGGCUUAUGCAUUACCCAUGUUUACUGGUAAUGACUUCUUUUAUUCUCCUGAAAGUUAUUUUAGGUUUAUGAAGUGAAGGCUUACAGAGCAGGGUGUAUCUGUGCAGCUUUGCUUGACACACACUGCCCAUUGUUCUAGCUGUUCAUCAUCAAGACUUCAUAACUGCAGCUUUGCUCGCUGUACCUCACACCUUUUUUAUAAGUGUUGAUCUUCAAGGAUUCUAUACAAGGAAAGUAGGAAUGGGAGAGAGAGAUUUACAUAGAUUUACAUAGAAAAUCAGACCACACAGACCCCAUGGUCCAGACUAGGUGGUCUGUCCUUAAACCUAAGUGAUUUUACAUUAAUCAGAAGGCUCCAAAACGUUGCAUUUCUACUCUAGUUGAUAUUAAGUUGAAGGAAGUGACGGUCGAGCUUAUUUUUGAAGGAGUCAGUCGUGUUACACUGGACCACUUAUGGUGGGAGCUUAUUCCAUUCUUGCACUACAACAUUGGUGAAGAAGAGAGAGAGAGAGAGAGAGAGAGAGAGUAUGCAAUCAUCUUUGCUUUACACAUUAGACAACGGGGGACGAGGGACUGGAAAAUCAAACGUAGGAAAAAAAAAUAUACCUAGGCAGCCAAAUAAUCAUACUGUCAUUCAUACACUCAAAUACUGUGGACCCUCAUCCUGAAACAGGUCUUAAGGAAGUUGUUUUAUCAUUAUUAUUGUUGUUGUUAUUAUAAUUAUUAUUAUAAUUAUUAUUAUUAUUAUUACUAUUACUAUUAUUAUUACUAUUAUUAUUAUUAUUAUUAUUAUUAUUAUUAUUAUUAUUAUUAUUAUUAUUAUUGUUGUUGCUGAUUACAGCAGGGUUUAGAAAAACCGAGUUCCUAAGCAUAAAACAUUCCUUUUCCAUUAUCGUGUAUAUAAUACAAAGCUUAUUAUCUAUAUAAAUUGAGGACCUCCAUACAGAUAUAUGAUACACCUAAGAUGCUACCACGAGUGUUGCUGGAGGUGUGUAUCUGUGAACACACGAGGCCUUCAUAACAGUGUGUCUGGGGGGCAGCGGGAGUGUUCAGCAAGAAACUUUUUGUUUAUGCUUCCAAGAUUGUGUAAAUAGAUGGCAUGUAUUGUUUUGCAUUACUGUUAUGUUAUGUAAUAGUAGGUGGCCAGUGAUAAACAAUAAUAUAUGGAGUGAUUGGUA